AUGAAAUCUAUUUCAAUUGCACUGGUACUUGUAGUUGCUGUGAUGACAUGUCAAACGAAGGAAUUGAAAUUAUCAGAACUGAUUACUCUUGAAAAUCAGGAAGAAAGCCUUUGUGAAUCAUGUCAAAUGUUUAUCAAUGGAAUAAAUAAUGUAAUUGAACAAGCUUUUGAUUGGGUCACUCAGGAAAUGGAUGAUUUCUGCGAUGACCAUUUUGCUUAUAAUUCAACUGCUACUAUGACAUGUAAAGCGAAAGUAGAUAAAGUGGUUGAAAAAAUACGAGAUUUUGUUGUGCUUGAAGAUGCUUCAGAAAUGAUAUGUCGAAAGUUUUAUCUUUGUUGA